AUGGUUGGAUGCAUGGAUUUGGUAUACGAUCGACGCGACAAUUCAUCGCAGUUCACUCUGAGGUAGGAUUCAAAACGCUAUGGAAAACUUCGAAAAAUGGAAGAGAAAAUUGUUCACGAGUAGUACACACACAUAGACUCGGCCAUAUUUUUGGUUUUCUAGGCCAGCUUCCAAAUUUCACAUUUUUUCUCGAUUUUCAGCCUUUUUUGCUGGAAAUCCUGGAAUUCUUGAUGAUUCUCAAUGUCUAUAGAUGAAAUACCAUCUCACGGACCAGGAUUUUAUAUGAUUUUCCGGAAUUUUUAGAGAAUUGCGAAAUUUUUCGCAAUUUUAGGAAACUUUUUUGUUUGUUAUAAAAAAACGUAUUUCUAUGCUUCCCACUAAGUUUUGCAUUUUUACAGGAUAGUAAAUAUUAGAUGUAUAAAUUUCGUCGAUUGAAAAAUCGAGUUAUCGAAACUUGCGAUGCUCCAGAACCACCUUCCACAUCAACACGCCAUUUUAUUCCGCAACACUUGAUUUCUUCUCAAAUUCUUCCGGAAUAUAUUGAAUGGCCGAAUGCUGGACAAGAAAUCGAGUAUCAACAACAACAAAAUGAGGAAGAAGAGGGUACAUCAUCUUCUCAAGUUAGCGAAACUCUAUUCGAAUCCAUCGCCAGGAGGAUUCGAGAGAGUUUUCCCACUGAUUUUGAGGUAAAUUUCGCCUGAAAAUCUUCUAGAACCCCAUUUUUUCAGAUGAUUACUGUCUCAAUAAUCGAUCUAGUUCUCUCAAUGAAAUCCGAUGAUAUUUUACAAGGUGAAAUCUUUGAUAUUUUGGGAUUCGAUCAUUUCGAACUGGCAUCCGAGAUUUUGGAAAAACGAAAUGCUAUCACAACCGAGUUACAAAAUCAAAAAACUGCGUUGAAGAAUCAGAAAAAAGUGA